AUGGCCGACACCAUCAUCGAGCUCCCCAAGGCUCACCCGCCGCCGCAUGUACUCGAGGUCCUCGGCGCUAGCGGCGAGCUGCCCAUAUGCGUGACGUGCGCUACGCAGUACCCCGCCCCGCGGAAGGAUUACCCGCGGCAAUGGGUCCCCGGCUCCGGACAGAUGUGGACGUUCCACGGCGCGCUGAUGGCGGAGCGAAAGAACGAGCUGCUCCAGGACCGCGAGGACAAGCGAAUCUACCUGAUCCAGACAACGCCAGGUUUCGCGAUUAACCAGACACACUGCAGCUGGUUCUGUGAUUUGGGAUUGCGCCGCUCUCCUGACGCCUGCGCUGGCCGCAUGGCUUCUCAACCUCGAGCGACCGCUGAAGGCGAUCGCCAUCAGUCACCCGCACACGACCGAGUCGAAUUCUGGGUUGGCACGAAGCAGCUUCUCCCCAACGUGCGACUGUAUCAGUGCGCAGGGCACUUCCCGGGCUCGAGUGUUUUGCAUUGGGAUCGGGACGCGGAGCCGGACGCGGACUCGCAAACAAAGGGCGGCCUGCUCCUGACCGCAGACACGAUUAUGGUUCAGGCAGACAGGAGGGGUUUCACGUUUAUCUGGAGUGCGCCGAACUGGGUUCUCCGCGAGCACAAGGUGAAGUUCCGGCAGGCGAGCUCGACGUGGCCGCACCGUUUUAUCCGCGAAAACGCUGAUCAGGUGUUCGAGUCGAGUGUUGACAAGUAUCUGGCCAAGAUUGGAUGGAAGGAGGAAGGGGAGAAGCUCGUGCCGCUGAAGCGGUAG